AUGGUGAGUAAACGACAGCACCUGGGGGAGGAAGAAGAGAGGAUGGUGAGUAAACGACAGCACCUGGGGGAGGAAGAGAGAAGGGUGAGUAAACGACAGCACCUGGGGGAGGAAGAAGAGAGGAUGGUGAGUAUACGACAGCACCUGGGGGAGGAAGAAGAGAGGAUGGUGAGUAAACGACAGCACCUGGGGAGGAAGAAGAGAGGAUGGUGAGUAAACGACAGCACCUGGGGGAGGAAGAAGAGAGGAUGGUGAGUAAAUGACAGCACCUGGGGGAGGAAGAGAGGAUGGUGAGUAAACGACAGCACCUGGGGGAGGAAGAAGAGAGAAGGGUGAGUAAACGACAGCACCUGGGGGAGGAAGAAGAGAGGAUGGUGAGUAAACGACAGCACCUGGGGGAGGAAGAAGAGAGGAUGGUGAGUAAACGACAGCACCUGGGGGAGGAAGAAGAGAGGAUGGUGAGUAAACGACAGCACCUGGGGGAGGAAGAAGAGAGGAUGGUGAGUAAACGACAGCACCUGGGGAAGGAAGAGAGAAAAAAGAGAGUAUAG